AUGAACAUUAAUAACAUUAAAAUUCAAACUCCAAAGGUUCAAACGGCUACCAUUAAAGUCAAGAAUCCUGUUAAUGAUGAUGAAAAUAUGAAUAACUAUAAUGCACAAUACACUAUGAAUAGUACCUUGAAACAGAUCACUUUACAUUCUCCUACAAGUACCUCGAAUGGUAAAAACUCCGAAAUUUCAAAUGCAGAAACAAGCAAGAUGAAUUUUAUGUCAGCAGAAGAAUCACAGGAGUCAAUGCCUUUAAUAAGACCAAGUUAUUUUGUACCUGGACAUGCACAACUCAAAACCCUUGACGAUGAGGGAAUCAAAAUGAUGAAAAGCGGCAACAAGAUAUUAUUGCCUAGGUUAGAGGGAACAAGAGGGUUUGUUGUUCAGGGAUCUUCACAAGUCCUAAUGCAAACGACCAACAAAAUGACAGGUACGGGAGAUGAAAUAAUUUCACCAAAACCAGACUAUUCGUACGCCUCAAUGAUCUGUCAAGCGAUCUUUGCAUCGCCUGUAAAGAAAUCCACCUUAUCAGAGAUAUAUGAAUGGAUAAGCACCACUUAUCCAUUCUUUAAGAGAAAUCAACAAGCAUUUGUUAGGGCCUCACGUGCCGAAGGAGCCACCGGAAAGGGGGGAUAUUGGACAGUCGAUCCUUUAUACGAACGUUACUUCGUAAGUGGACAUUUCAAACCUCCAGGUAAUGAAACAAAGAACUCUUACAAAAGAGCAAGGUCAGAUGAAAAUGAAAUAACGCCAAACACCAACGCCACAAAACUUUCCACCCACAAUAAAAAUGGAAGCGCAGCGCGAGUGAAGUUACAACGACCUAAAAAUAAUAAUAUUGAAGCAGAAGUUCAACUAAGAAGAGGAGAGAUUUGUUCUUCAAAGAAAAAGAUUAAAGUUGAAGGAGUAAUGGAAAGCGUGAAUAAGGUGACAGAAACAAUAAACAAUGAUAAUAGGGCCAAGGGUUCUGAAGAACUAAAGGACCAAGAGGACAACAAAGAGACAAUGAUCCGAAAGUUUAUGGAAGGAUUUGAAUCCGUCUAUCACAGAUAUUGUAAUGGUAAUGACCCAAACUGGCAGGGUGACGCCGCGUUUUUCGCAUCAUUCAGCCCAUUUCUAUCUUGUAAUGGACAUUGUCUAAUUGAAAAGAUGGAUUAA